GCUGCGGCCCGGGCGGCCGAGCUGCGUGCGUGAGCGCCCGCAGGCACCUGGCGCGCGAACCCUCUGCCAUGGCCAGUCGUGGGGGAGAUGAGCCGUCCUCCAGGUCAGGGAGUCCGGACAAGGAAGGUGGGGUCUCCGAGGACCGAUCAUUGCUCCGUCAGAGACUGGCCAUCAAGGAGCUCAUGGACACUGAGGUCACCUACCUGCACGUGCUCCAGCUCUGUGCCUCCGACAUCAGGAGCCGCCUCCAGCAGUUGCCGCAGGGAGAUGUGGACAUACUAUUCUCAAACAUCGAUGAUAUCAUCAAGGUUAACGGCAGACUUCUUCAUGACUUGCAAGAGACAGCCUCCAAGGAAGAGGAACAAGUGUCCCUAAUUGGUAACUUAUUCCUGGAAUUCCAAGAGGAGUUGGAGCAGGUCUACAAGGUCUACUGUGCCAGCUACGAGCAGGCCUUGCAGCUGGUGGAGGCUUACCGGAAGGAGCCGGAGCUGCAGCAGGAGAUCCAGGGCGUCAUUGAGGCGGUGGUGCCACAAGCUGGAUCUUCAGGCCUCGGUUUCUUACUGGUAACCCCUCUGCAGAGGAUUACCAAGUACCCACUGCUGCUGCAGAAAAUCCUGGAGAACACACCCCCUGAUGACAGUGCCUACCUGGUCCUUCAGAGGGCUACCUCUGCCCUCCAGGACGUGAACGCCAACAUCAAUGAGUACAAAAUGCGCAAGGAAGUGGCCUCCAAGUACACCAGGGUGGAGCAUCUGAGCCUCCGGGAGCGGCUGGCCCGCAUCAACACACACAGCUUCUCCAAGAAGACCACCCGGCUGAGUCAGCUGCUGAAGCAGGAGGCGGGGCUGGUGCCCAGAACAGAAGACAAGGAAUUUGAUGACUUAGAAGAGAGGUUCCAGUGGGUGUCUCUGUGUGUGACUGAGCUGAGGAGCAACGUGGCUGCGUACCUGGAUAAUCUGGAGAUUUUCCUCGGAUGCAGGCCGCAUGAAUGCAACCUGGACAUCCCCGGGGGGCCCGUGGUGCAAUAUUGCAACCUGGCCAGAGACCUUCAGCUCGAUGCCUUCCUGAAGUUUAGGCAGCGGCUGGAAGGCCUGGUGUGGCGGCCGCUGUGCAGCCUGGCCAGAGCCCUCGUCGGCCCUCGGAACCUAAUCAAGAAGCGUCUGGACAAACUCCUGGACUUUGAGCGGGUGGAAGAGAAGCUGCUGGAGGUGGGCAGCAUGACCUACGAGGAGGAGGCCACUCGGCACACGUACCAGGCGCUCAACUCCCUGCUGGUGGCCGAGCUCCCGCAGUUUAACGAGCUGGUCAUGCGGUGGCUGGGCCAGAUCCUGCGCACGUUCGUGUCCCUCCAGAGGGAUCUCGCAAAGCAAGUGCUGCAGAGGGCAGAGGGCAGCAUGGCCCAGCUGCCCCACCACCAUCUCUCUGAGCCGGCCUUCGGGAAGCUGGUGGAAGACGAGCUAGGCCAGACCAGUAACCAGCUCCGCUCCUUUCAAGAGACCUUCGAGAAAGUGCCGCCACCUCCCACCACGCAGCCGCCCCGUCCAGGGUCUGAACGCCAGGCGCAGGCUCUCCUGAGCAGGUAUGGCCCCGGGAAGCUGUAUCAGGUGACAAGCAACAUCAGUGGGACUGGGACUCUGGACCUGACUCUGCGGCGGGGCCAAAUCGUGGCCCUCCUGCAAAACAAGGACACCAAAGGCAACAGCGGCCGCUGGCUGGUGGACACAGGGGGACAACGGGGGUAUGUGUCAGCUGGGAAACUGCAGCCGUACCGCACAGUCCCCAGUGAGGAGGAGCUCAGAGGGCAGGCGAGGCCGCACGAGGACUCCCGACGUCUAACACCAGAGCCCACCCGGGCCCCAGUGCUCUCUGUCCCCACCAUGACCCAGGUGGUGGCAGCUUACCCCUUUGUGGCCAGAAGCAGCCAUGAAGUGAGCCUGCAGGCAGGCCAGCCUGUGACCGUCCUGGAGGCCCAGGACAAGAAGGGGAACCCGGAGUGGAGCCUGGUGGAAGUGAACGGACAGAGGGGAUACGUGCCUUCCGGCUUCCUGGCCAGGGCCCCAAGCCCAGCUCCGUGGGGCUGGAGUCCGCCGUCUUAGGGUGCCCUCCGUGGAGCCCACAUUGCCAAGGGAUGGGGGCACCCAGAGACUGUGAGCCUGGACAGAAAAGAAGCAAAGAAAAGGUGGGAGUGGAAGGGAAGAGUGGGCCAGGUGGGUGAAGGGCACCCAGAAGGCAGCCAGAAGAGGUGGGGGGACUUGCAGAGCACUUGGCGUAGGUGGACACAGAAGGUGCCAGGCAGGACGGCUCAUUAUGUCUGCGCAAAGAAGCCAUUCCAGCCCGGGGCCACAGCGCCCUGGACAGCAGGCCACAGCUGUGGCCAGACAUACUGUGCGUCCCUCUGGGCCUGCCCGACCGUGGGAGCAGGUGAAUGUGAACAUGAGCUGUGUGCUGUGUGGCUGCAGGCCGCCUGGCCGGGCAGUUCACUUGCCGCGAGUGGUGUCGGGGGAAGAGCCCAGACUACCAGUCGGCUUUGAUUUCUCCGUGCUGGGAGCUGAGUUCCCGCGGGCAGUGAAGCGCUGGCAGCCCUCUCCCGCAGGGAAGCCAUGGCGUGUGCGACUCAGUGGAGAGGUUCCCAGGAGACUCCUGGCUGGGCCUGGGAAUGGGUGUGACCAAGUCACAGUUCUGGAAUAUGUGUAGGCAAAUUCAGAAGCUGUUCCAAGGAAGAGGGGAUUUUGACGGUGUGUUAAGGAGGGUGUGUGAGGCUGUUGGCUGUUUUCCCUGCACCAGGGACAAAGGGGUAUGCAAAUCAUAGAGGAAACUAUGAAGUAGUAAAGGCCUGGUGGGUGGGGAGGUUAGGCAAUGGCUUGUUUCCUGUUUCUGGCUAGAAGGGGCACCAGGGGCAGCCCCCAGUGGGUUCAGAGUGCCUCUGAGGGCCAAGAGGCAGUGGCAGAUGUGAUGCCAGUUGGCUGUGGGACCUUAGACACAGGGCACAACCUCAGUUUUCCCAUCCAGAAAGCCCUACCUCGCAGGUUGCGUCGAGAAUGAUGUGAAGCCAACCGUGGGGAGGCUCCUUGUAAACUCUGAACCGUGAUACGAAUGUAAAUGCUGUCGUUGUGUCAGGAUGGCCCCAGCCAUCAGCUGGCAGGACUGGCAAGCGGAAGCGUCCACGCGGCCACUCCCCACGCCUGUGUCCCAGGCAGCACACGUUGCUAAUCAACAUGGCGUCCCUUCCUAUAACCCAGGAUCUACCUCGGAGUCCCUCUCAAUACUGCUUUCUAGUUAGCCGUCUCUUAAACUGGGUAAGUGAGUCAUCCCUUUCCAGAACCUGGAAGUUGGAGGCCCUCAAAGACUGUCCCUAUUUGCAAGGAAGACUGGCGCAACGGGGCCAUGCUGGGUGCAGUCGCUGCGGGAUCGUCACCUCUGGGCUGUUGCUUUGGGCGAAGAUAAAUUGUGAGACUCACAGAAAGGGGCAAAGGUAAUCCAGUGUGGUCUUUACGCAACGUACACAGUUUGGAACCAACCCAAGUCAGGGUGUAUAUAAAACAGGCGGCAGUUUAGAUUUAUUUCCAGGAACACCUCUAUGUUCUAACUAUAGUGCCUAAAGCUAUGUGCUCUGGUUUUUGAAGAGCUUUUAAGAAAUAUAUACAUGUCUGUGUCAGACAGUCUGUAACGUGCCUCCUCUGGGCUUGUUAAAGCAUGAAGACUCUGCAUAAUACGAGAGAAACUCUGCCCCCACGAUCCCUUUCUCAGCACCAAAUUCAUUUUAUAGGAGCUCUUGACUCAUUUUCCUUUCUCUUUCCUGCUCAGAUUUCUGAUAAAAAUAGAAGCAUAGGGGAACAGAUAAUAAAAUAGGAAAUCCACUGUGGGCUCCGCAGAUGCUUGCUGAGAGCCUGUCGUGUGCUUCUGGCGCAGAGGUUCUCAGUGUGGCUGCUCAGCUGUAGUUACCUGGCAGCUCUCAACUAUGGCAAAAGCCAGGGUCCCUCCCACCCAGAGAUGCUGAUGAAAUUGGCCUGGGAUCUGGCUCGGACCUCAGAAAUGCAGACAGCUGCCCAGGUGCUUCUAAAGUGUAGCCAGGGGGGUUGAAGACCUCUGCCCUAGAAACACAGUGGUGGACAGGUAGAGCUGGGGUCAGAGGUGGCCGUGAACUCUCACCUAGCAUGUGCCUAGCAGAGCUUUGCACUAGCUGUUUCAAACAGGCAGCUUCAGAGGCAGUUUGAAAUGGAACAGCCUGUUCUGUCAGGUCCCAGAAUGUAUAUUUAUUAAGUGCCAUUAAAAGGGACCUGAACAAAAUUGGAUGUCUCGUAGGCAUAAGGGAGGAAAAUGAAACAUACUUGGAACCAAGUCUGUCUCAUGAAGGGAAAAUAAAAACGUAUUCAGUAGCACAUGGGUUAUGGUUUCUCAUAGACCAGGGGAUAAGAUUAAAAGUCACUGAGGGGUGGGAAAAUGCAUAUUGAGAAGUUGGAGAAUGUCUGUAUUUUCUCCAGGGGACUCUGCAUAAUGUGCCUUUUCACCCUCCGAAUGCCUAGAACCAUUGUACUGUGUCUUACUGAUUUCACUGUUGGGCUGCCACGUACUAAACUUGCUCAGAUAUUUGCCUGUGAACUGAACAAGACUUGCAGGAGUGGAAGACUGAUUCGCAAGGGGACCCCUUGCUUCCUGCGAUGGAGUGAGAACUCUUAAACCCUUUGGCCCCCAACUCAGUUUUCUAUAUGAGGACAAGAUUGCAAUAUCAAAAGAAAAACAAAUGAAUUCUUGGUUAAUAUGAUGAGCCCUGGCUCAGUGAGGAACUGAUGUGAACUGCUGGAAAUAAAAGAUUUCAAAGAUGUAAA